CCCCAUUUCUGUUUCUAGACAGUAGUAGCCCUUUGCAAAUAUACAGAAAUGGCGUCGAAUUCAACAUGGACCGCCAAGCAGAACAAGCUGUUCGAGAAUGCAUUAGCCACCUACGACAAGGACACGCCCGACCGGUGGCACAAUUUGGCAAGGGCGGUUGGUGGGAAGACUGUGGAGGAGGUGAAGAGGCACUAUGAGAUGCUUGUGGAAGAUGUCGAGCACAUCGAGUCCGGCAAAGUACCAUUGCCCAAUUACAAAGCAAGUGGAGGCGGCAGCAGCAACGGAUGCAAAGUCAUGGAUGAGGAACAGAGGCUGAAGUAUUUGAAACCCCAAUGAAGCAACUAGUAGCAGAAAGAAUAACGACACAGGGGUCCAUUAAUUACAUGUCAACUCUAGACAAUAAAUGGAGUAGUGAAAUAACAACUAUCAUGGGGCUGAUAAAGCUUCUCUCUCUCUCUCUCUCUCUCUCGUUUCCUUUGAAUGUCACUUUUUUUUUCUAUACGUGUAACAAUGAAGAGUCAAUACAAUAGAAAGUGACU